AUGACUUCAUACGGCGGCUUCACGAAAACGCCCUACGGCGCCCAGGGAGGCGACGAUGCCGGCGGAUUCGUCUACGGUGGCUCUCAGCAGGGCAGCCAGGGCGGUGGCAAGGCCUACAGCGAGGAAUCCCUCCGCCCCGUCACCAUCAAGCAGAUCAUUGACGCCGACGAGGCCUACCCAGGUGCCGAUUUCAAGAUUGACGGCGCCACCGUCACACAAGUAACUUUUGUAGCCCAGAUCCGCCAAAUCUCGCCGCAGCCGACAAACAUUACCCUCAAGCUCGACGACGGCACCGGCCUUAUCGAGGUCAAGAAGUGGGUCGACACAGACAAGAAGGACGACGCCGACGCCAACCUCGAGGUUGAGGGCUACGUCCGCGUCUGGGGCCGCCUCAAGUCCUUCAACAACAAGCGCCACGUCGGCGCCCACUUCAUCCGCCCCGUCACCGACUUCAACGAGGUCAACUACCACCUCCUGGAGGCCACCUACGUCCACCUCUACUUUUCCAAGGGCCCGGUCAAUGGUGCUGGCGCCGGCGGCGCUGAUGGCAUGUUCGUUGACGGCGACGAUUCAUACGGCAGCGGCGCCGGUGCCGGUGCCGGUGCCGGCGGGAACUCCGGGCAGGCCGACAAGCUCAGAGGCUGCUCCGCCGCCGCGCAAAAGAUUUUCAACUUUAUCAACAACUCGCCCGGUGGCAACGAGGGCGUGAACAUCAACAGGAUCGUAAGCGGGACUGGCCUCAGUGCUCAGAGCGUGGUGGCUGCUGCGGACGACCUGCUCGGCAAUGGUCUGAUUUAUCCGACGGUCGAUGACGAGACGUGGGCCAUUUUGGAUUACUAG